CAGCUUCAGAGCAGGCGCUACCGCUACAUCUUCAACUCAGGGCGAAGAAACAGCCACUUUUCACCCCUUCUCUAGCAUAGUUCUGCCUUCAUAUAGCUUUAUUUUAUUUUUUAGAGCUUUAUUCUAGUCUUUAAAUGUAGCUAAACCAGCAGAGACAACGCCUGCUGUGCGCUGGGAUAUAAGAUAUAUAAUGUAGCCUCUUUUCCCAGUCGUUUUUGUAUCAGGUGUGACAGACGAAGCCGACGCUGGGAAGACCACUGGCUACGACUUCUUUGUUUUUGUCCUUGAGAUCAAGAACUUCAAGCUGGCUGACAUGGAUGAACAAAGUGUUGAGAGCAUCGCUGAGGUGUUUCGCUGCUUCAUAUGCAUGGAGAAACUGAGGGAUGCUCGUCUCUGCCCACACUGCUCCAAACUCUGCUGCUUCAGCUGCAUACGGCGAUGGUUGACAGAGCAGAGAGCCCAGUGCCCACACUGUCGGGCUCCGCUCCAGCUGAGGGAGCUGGUCAACUGUCGCUGGGCAGAGGAAGUCACCCAGCAGCUGGACACCCUGCAGCUCUGCAGCCUCACCAAGCAUGAGGACAAUGAUAAAGACAAAUGCGAGAACCACCAUGAGAAGCUGAGUGUUUUCUGCUGGACCUGUAAGAAAUGCAUCUGUCACCAGUGUGCUCUGUGGGGAGGCAUGCAUGGUGGCCACACCUUCAAGCCUCUGGUGGAGAUCUAUGAGCAGCAUGUGACCAAGGUGAAGGAGGAGGUUGCCAAGCUCCGCCGGCGUCUCAUGGAGCUUAUCAGUCUGGUGCAGGAAGUGGAGAGGAACGUAGAGGCUGUCAGGGGAGCAAAGGAUGAGAGGGUCAGAGAGAUCCGAAAUGCCGUGGAAAUGAUGAUUGCUCGUCUGGACAACCAGCUCAAGAACAAACUCAUCACCCUCAUGGGCCAGAAGACGUCCUUGACCCAGGAGACAGAGCUGCUGGAGUCUCUCCUGCAGGAGGUGGAGCAUCAGCUUCACUCCUGCAGCAAAAGUGAACUCAUCUCCAAGAGCCCAGAGAUCCUGCUCAUGUUCCAGCAGGUCCACCGGAAACCAAUGCAGUCCUUUGUCACCACGCCGGUCCCUCCAGACUUCACCAGUGAGCUGGUCCCUGCCUACGACUCCAGCACUUUUGUUCUGGUCAACUUCAGCACACUGAGGCAGCGGGCUGACCCAGUGUAUAGCCCUCCUCUCCAGAUAUCUGGCCUCUGCUGGAGACUCAAAGUCUACCCAGAUGGUAAUGGUGUGGUCCGCGGGAACUACCUGUCUGUUUUCUUGGAAUUGUCUGCUGGACUCCCUGAAACAUCAAAGUAUGAGUACCGUGUGGAGAUGGUCCAUCAGGCCUCUAGCGACCCAACCAAGAACAUCAUUCGAGAGUUUGCUUCAGACUUUGAGGUUGGCGAAUGCUGGGGCUACAACCGCUUCUUCAGACUAGACCUUCUGGCCAGCGAGGGCUACCUGAACAUGCAGACCGACACACUUGUCCUCUGCUACCAGGUUCGCUCACCCACCUUCUUCCAGAAGUGCAGAGAUCAGUACUGGUACAUCAGCCAGCUGGAGUCGGCCCAGAGCGGCUACAUUCAGCAGAUCAAUAACCUCAAAGAGAGGCUGGCCAUUGAGCUGUUUCGCCGUCAAACGUCGCGCAGCUCCUCACCCCCUGACCUGAGGCUGGCUACAGGCACCACAACCUCUGAAAGAGACCCUCGCUCCGUGAAGAGUGACGAUGACAUCCAAACCACUUUGACCAACACUAAAAAAGGCGAAGAAGAAGAGAGAACCCAGCAGGAUGACUCUAAUGAGCUGUCAGACGGCGACUUGGAGGUGGACUGUCUGACAGAGGAAGAGGUGAAUCCGUUGGAUGGCAGCAGCACCUCAGGGAGCUCCACAGCCACCAGCAACACAGAGGAGAACGACAUAGAUGAGGAGACCAUGUCAGGAGAGAAUGAUGUAGACUUCAUUGGGAACCUGGAGACAGAAGAAGGAGAGCUUCCUGAUGACUUGGCUGGAGCCACAGGUGGAUCCACCUCCAGCACACGUCCCUUACAUCGCAGUGCUGCUGCUGGUCGUACUGCCAGUGGUAGUGGAGCCACUGCUUGCGGUGCUGUCGGGCCAGGCAGUAACAGCCUCCUGGAGAUCGACCCAGUCAUCCUGAUCCAGCUACUGGAUCUGAAAGAGCGCAGCAGCAUGGAGUCUUUGUGGGGCCUUCAGCCUCGGCCUCCUGUAUCUCUUCUGCACAGCCAAGCUCAUCCUCACUCCAGAAAAGAGCGAGAGCGGCGACCACAGGUGGUGCGACGAUCAGCUCCAGACUCGGGGGUCCUGAUCCGCCUCAAAGCUCAGAUGGCCGAGGUGCGCAGCAAGAUGUCUGAUGUCAAGAGUCAAGUGCUGGAGGCUCGGGGGUCUGGAGAGCCCAGGCCUGGCCCAUCAGGAGCCUUCGGUGUGGAGGAGGCCCCCUCUCACCACACUGAUUCAGAGCUGUCAGCUUGUCGUAAGGCCGGAGAGCUAGACCUCCUGGGGAGAACAGCUGCAGCUCGGUCCAGGCCCUGCCGCCCUGCCAGGAAAUCUCUUUCCCCCGUCCUGGACAGCAGUGGCUCCAUGGUUGUGAAGAGGAGGAGUCCAGAGGAGAUGGAGAAGGAGCUGAGAGGAGCAGAGGCAGUCACAGAGCUCAGCCUGCAUCCUAAUGAGGGGCUGGGAGGUACAGAGGGCGUACUGAAGGCUGACGGCACCCAGGGCCCCCUCGUGUCUCUCAGCAGCUCCUCAUCAGAACAGGCCUCCACCUCGAAGCAGCAGUACUCAGUGGAGCAGCAGCUGUAUGGGACUUCGGGGCCAAAAGAUGACAUCUUCUCCUUGGGAGGACCAAGCUACAUGACUGCCAGCAAGAACUGUGGCAGUAGGACCCUAGGAACAGCCGUGUUGGACUCUGAAAGCUCAGGAAAUUCCCAUCAGUCCUUGCUGGAGGGACCCUCUGCGCAGCCACAGUCAAAUGAAGAUCAGUGUCCAUCUGUCCUGGUGGCAGCAACGAGCAGUGACAGUGACACUGAGGACGAGGCUCUGCAGAGCAACACCUCUCGCUACGACAACCAAACUCCUCCCUGCACAGGAGAGCAGCUUCUGUCUGAUGACAUGAAUCUGCCCGCUGACAGGUGAUUCCCUCUGAGUCUGUCAGACCUGGCAACCCACCGCUUUAUCCUCAAUGGCCACACCACGAUGCAAUAACGGCCAGAGACAAAACACACAUGCUAGUUACACAGGUCUGUAGAGUAGAAGCUGCUUGUUAUGCAUGAACUCAAAAUGAAGACAAUGCAACAACCUGAUUGUUCGAUCACCUGUUUGUCCAGAAACAGAAACAUUUCUUGUAAAUGUCUUGAAUAUUUUCACAAUUGGACCAUGACAGAAAUAAUGCCAAUGACAGGCCAGUUUACGAACUUUUCAGAUAACCAGAUAAUAUUGUGUGAAUACAAUGAAACUUCCAAUUCAAAGAGAAGGAGAGAACCAUCACUGCUAUUUUGCCACCUCUCUAAAAAUUGGACUUUCAUUGUAUUUCUGGCUACACUCAGUGACUUGACUGCUCAAUGAUGACCUCAGCAGUUUGAUGUUUUACGCUGCUGCAUUUCUUGGUCGUCAACAUUUAGGGAUGUACAUACUUUCACUUCUUUCAUGGUUACGCCACUAAAAACAUCAGAGGAGAACACAACCACCAUUUGUGCAAUGACUGAAUCUCUAAAAAUGCUAAGGGCAUAAAAACUGUUGCUGUACGUUGCUUUUUUUUUUGUUUUUUUUGCAAACCUGAAACAUAAGAUUUUACCUGAACUACAGGGCAUUUAGUCACUUUAACUAACUUUCAGCACAAAUCUGUUACCUUUUCACCGUUUGAAAGCUUCUGUUACAACAUAUUUGCAGGAGUUUGAGGAUUAACUGUACGUAAUCUGUAGCCUUUCAGUAAGAGUGUUUUAUAACGGCGUUCUGUUGUUUAGUUCAGUCUGUUUGGCCUUCAGUCUCGACACCUACUCAACUUCGCUCAGACGAGUCCCUGCACCUCCCAGCACUGGUGCUGAAAGACUUCAUUCACUUCUCAAACACUCAGUUUUAGUGACACUGCAUAAAUUCAGUGCUUCCUCUGCUGAUGUAAGCCUUGAUUAGCUUUCCUAGAUAUUUAUGUAAAUGUCUUCACUCUUAAUAACAGUCGCAGUAGAAACUGCAACGUCUGUCUUCAUUUGACAUUUGAAAAGGCUAAGUGACACAGAAUUACAUGCAUUAUAAAACAGCUGCUUUUUGUGGGCUGAAACUUUGAAGUGUGCUGCAGAUCUGAUGCCAUAACGAUGUCCACAGAGGUGUUGUUGCUUUGACAUCUGCUCGGACAUCCCUGAUCUGACCUACAGCUAUUCAUCAUCAUUCACCUAAAGGGAUAGUUCGGCAUUUUGGGAAAUAUGCAUAUUCACCUUCUGUUGGAGGGUUGGAUGAGAAGAUUGAUACCACUCUCAUCUGUGCACUAAGUAUGAAGCUCCAGCUAACAGCUGGUUAGCUUAGCACAACGACUGCAAACAGGGAAGCAGCUAGCUUGGCUCUGUCUAAAGUUAACAAAAGCCACAUCUGCUCCUCUCUUCAGUUCCCACUGUGUUGACACAAAGGCUGAGUCUCUCCCUCAGACUGUAGAUUUUCACCUAAUCAAACAGUACUUUUUCACAGCAGACAUUCUGACUUUUCACAGAGGGAAAAGCACUAAUCGUGUUUACAAUAGCUCUGUUACAAACACGUGAGCCAUGACAGUGUGACAGUGAGCCAGCAUGAACAACACCAGGACCCUGAUACUGAAGCAGCUAAAUAGUAUUUAGCUUUAAUUAAUAAACACAUAAGCACUAGUCUUUGUUCAGCGCUGAAGUCUUACUAAAAAGAGAUUUCUGCCUCCACUCCAAUACAACAGAGGUGAAUGUAGGGCUGCAACUAAAGAUUGUCUUGUUUUGUCAGACCCACUCAUCAUACAAUCCUAGAACAGUAAGAAAACUAGAAAAAAAAUCACAUUCAAGUCUCUGGAACCAGUGAAUUUUUGUUGUUUUUGCAAGAACUGAUUGCAUUAUCAAAAUUGUUAUUUUUCUGUUAAAUUUGUGGAGCUCUGAAAAAAAAACAAGUUCCUGUUACUGUCGGUAAGCCACAGGACACACUGUCAACAGUUUUGAUUUGGAAAUACUUAAGACUGUUGAUGGUGUUUUCUGUUGCCCAGAGUAACAGCAACAUUUUAUUUCUAGCAGGAGAUGUUUCUAGCAGACAUUUUGAGACAAUUCAAAUGUCAUUCUUCCAUGCUGAGAGCACCACAAAUCAUUUUCCAUUUAGCUUUAUUGUGUUGGUGAGGAGGUGGAUAUUUCAGAGACAGAUAUCUUCCACACCUGGACAAAUAAGAAAACUCUGCAUGCUGAGAUGCCACCAGAGCAGAGUUUUGGUUUUUUGUAAUUUGGUUGAACUGAUUCUUAAAGUUGAAAGUGUGGUGCAGUUAAAGUCUUUUUUAACUCUGAGAAUUUGAAAGCAAACUCAGAAAUCUAUUUAACAUGUACGCUUCUCACUCCCCCACUUCUCCAUGGAUAUACAUAGCAAACAUAGGUCAAAGGCUGCUGCAAAACAGUGCACGUUAUUGGGAGAAAACAAGUGUUAAAGUAGGAAAACAUCACAUUGACUUGCUGUGUUACAGCUGAUGACGUAGAGAACAGAAUAUCAACAUGCUCAGAAACCUUCUGCACUUUGUAAGACUGUUGAUUUACUCUGAAGUGGAGCAUUUCCUCUUCAUUUAACCAUAUCUUAUUUUGAAGGCCACUUAAUUUUUUUAGAUCAAAUAUUCAGAUUACAUAUUGUACACUUCUACAGUCAUUAGUUUACACUGUAAAUAUCUUGGCAGAUAAAAUUUUAAGACCUUGCUGUACUUGUGCCUGAAAGUGCAUGGCUUCAUUGGCUGGGUUGAAAGAGGCAGGGCUACUUCUUGUUUGCACCAAGACCUGUGAGGUCAAUCUUAAAUCAUCUAGUAGGAUAAAGCUGAUAUUUGAAACGUCUUUACCUCGUCAGUUCCAGUCCAGUCGAUCGUGUGAUUUCAACUUCGCCUAUGUUACUAUUGCUUCACACGUUCAUAUACGCGACAGAAGUGUGGGAAACACGUUUAUUAACCUUUUCUCUUAUUUGUGCUUGUUGUGUCAAAAGCUGCUUUUGUUUUGAAGGUUCACAGUCUGCACUGUGCAUUAUUUGAUGUGUACAUUUCCUUUUUGUGUAAUAAAUAAAAUGUUUUAGGAUCCCAGAAA